UCCUUUGCAUCAAUUUGCAUAAACGGACCAAACUACUCCUAUAUAUAAAUAUGUAUCUUUUCGAUGCUUUUUCUCGCACAUAAGCUGCAAAUUUUGGCAACUAUUUAAUCAUAAAACGUUAGUCAGUAUCCAUUAUUAGUGAUAUUUAUCCCAAUUAACAACUAUGGAAUUGAAAAGUAUCAUUAAUUUUGAUGAUGCCUUAUUGGCACUACGCAAUGAAUUAUGUGAAGACAUCUACCCAUUCAUAAUUAGUACUAAUGGUAUACAAAAGUAUAAUUCUAUGAAACACAAAUUGAGUACCUAUCUUCAGGAGCCUAAUCAAAGUGAGAUACAACAACUUUUUCAGAAAUGUGACGUUUGGCAAAUGUUUCAAGAGGGUGAAAUUCUGGAAAGGGAAGCAUUAGAAGUUCUCUUACGUCUUCAUAAUUUUCAUCUAUUAGAGAAAUUUCAUUUUCAAACUAAUCCUACAAUUGUUAGAAUACUUCACAAGUUUUUGAAUACAUUUCUACGAAACCUUAUGGUAACCAAUUAUUCUUUAGAAAGUUUGUCAUUGAAGUACUUUAAAUUCACUACAUCUUUGAGUUUGCAACCACCAGUACUUAAUAGAGCCAUAAGUGAAAGCGGACAGGUUAUAAAUAGGGAAAUAAGUAACAAUGGUUUGAAAAAGAAAAAUGGAUUGUUUUAUCCCAAGCCCGAUGAUUGGCAUCAAUUGUUUAAAAUCAAAAACAUAAACAAUUUUAAGGUUUCAAAAUCAAGAUUAUUGAGUAUAGACGAUAUUUAUACUGACUUUAUCUUUGAAUUAACGUAUUCCGACGAAAGUCUUAUUCAGCAAGCUGUCUGUUUCAACUAUUUUAGACCAGUAACUAAACUUAUUUCAUCCCUUUUUGAUAAAGCUUGCGUAUUACCUAAAAUUAGAGAAGUAAAAUUGAUGGCUGAUGAGAAAGUUUCAGUGACUGCUAAGAUGGAAAUUAUGUUAAAUGAUAUGAAGAUACCUAUAGAUGUAGAAAGCAAGAACGUUAGUAGAUUAAUCAAAGAAUUUACCAAUUCGAGUUCAAAUAUCAGUGAAACUUCUUUCCCAUUUAUAAAGAUUUUCUCACAAUGUGUGAAACAAGCUUUUGUAGUUGGGACUCCUUAUGUAAUAUUAACAGAUUAUGAUUCAUUAAUUUUGAUUGAUUUGUUGGAUAAUGAUAUCAGUGAUGACUUUGAAGAUGAUAGUUUUGGCUAUCUAACUAGAGGACUCAAAUGCCGAAUAUUAUUCUUUGAAGAUUCCUGUAAUGAUCCAUACUCGUUUUACGCUAAAUUCUUCAUGUUCUUGAUAGAUAGUGUAUCUACACAACCUUUACAUGAUCUGAUUAUGAAAAGGUUUGACAAUAAAAGUAUGACAAAUAAGUCAUUAAGAAACAUUCUUGUUAACAGGUACUAUAACAGACUACAUAUUUGUAAUAGCCAAUUAUUCAAAUCCGACAACAGUUAGAAUAUAUAUUUAUUUAUAUCAAUUGUAUAUACCUGAAAAUCGAAAUAGCGAUAGCUCUAAUGAUAUGAAUUUAUCCCUUUGCAUCAAUUUGCAUAAACGGACCAAAUUACAUCUCUAUAUAAGUAUGUGUACAAAUACUUUUUUUUUCGCACAAGCUGCAAAUUUUUGACAACCACUUAACCAUUAGUCAAUAAUUAAGUGCUGAUAUUCAUUGUCCCAAUUAAUUAACUAUGGAAUUGAAAAGCAUCAUUAAUUUUGAUGAUGCCUU